AUGUACAAAUACGUGUUUCAGGUGCCCGCAGUGAAUAGCAACGUUGGCAUGUUCUUUUCUAAAUGUUACGUCUGUCAGUGCGUCUACGGGGAAGAUAAGCGGGUGGUGGUUAAGAGGAUGCAUUCCAUUCCAUCCAACGCCUCAUUAAAGCACAGCGUGCUGGAGUUCAGUGAAGAGGACUGGUUCGACUCGUUUCAACGCAUAGCGGCGGCUUUUCUGACCUCCCCGGUGGCGGAAAACUCAAACCGCGGCGAGAUGCAUGGGCGUAAUCCCUUUUUCGACUUUUUCCAAGAUCACGGUGCGACCUUUUGGGCCAUUGAAAAUGGUAGUGUCGCGACACCCAUGCAGCUGGAUGUGGUCUACAUAUAUGUGAAUCUCGAUGCUCCAUGCUUUAAGCGGUAUUUGGACAUGUGCAAGGUCCCUUAUACAGCUGGGCGGUAUAACAAUUCGCAGGAGCUUCGGUACUCCUUGAGGGCAUUGUUGGAAUACGCCUUGCACAGCAGCUCCUUGCAGCAGUAUGGCAACCUCUUUAAGGAUCAGCAGGAGGAGGACCGGGAGACUCUGGAAGCAGUGGGAUACCGAGUCCAGAUGCGUGGUGGUGAGGAUAGACUCCAGCGUAGCCCUCUGAUUCGUCGCGUGUAUUUGGUGCUUUCCGACCGCGACCAGGUGUCGGUGUGGCUGAACGUUGAGGCGUUCACCAUGCUUCGGAUUAUCACACACGCGGAACUGUUUCCUGACCCCAGGAAAGAGCCGGGCAUCCUUCCGACCUUGAACUCCAAUGCCAUUGAAUCUGGUUGA